AUGGAGAAAUAUAUUGUAGUUUUGAAACAGAAUUUUAUGAACAUAUUAUGUUUACAUUUAAUGCUGAACAUUUUUAUUUUUUUACAUGAUCUUAUUUCAUCUUAUAUUAAAGAAAAAGAAAAAGCAACAACAAAUGAUAAACCUCGACAACGAUCAACAGCACCAGCACCACCACAGCCAUCACCAUUGUCGACAACACCUUCAAAUCCAGUUGAUAUUCAAACAUUAACAUCAUUUGAUGAACCUCCAAGUGAUGAUAAACGUCGUUUUCAUUGUCCAGAUACGAAAUGGAAAUUACAACCAACAAUAAAACUUCUAACUGCAUAUGGAAAUGAGGUUGAACCCUUUGGUGUUGAUUAUAUUUUACAAAAAUUAGGUUUUCGUCAUGCACAUUUAACAAUACCAAAAUGGCUUCAACGUGGUAUUAUGGAUCCAUGUGAACAAUCGAUGACUGUUGUACAAUUAUUUCUUAUAUUUCUUUUACCUGAACAUAUGUUGAUACAAGUUGUUCGAAAUAUCGAUGAAAAUUCGUCUGUACGAAUACCAGUAAAUAAUGGCAUUGUUCGUCUAUCAACACUUAAAAAUUAUUUUGGACAAAAUGUUUCUGGUUUGAAAUGUUAUGAUUCCGAGAGCGGAACGUGGAUUUUAUGUGAUAUUGAUAGUAAUGGUAGCAUUUUAAGCGAAUAUCGUCCAUGGAAUUCAACUGAAAAAUAUGUUUUAAUUACUACAGAUGACGAUGAUUUACGUCUACCACAAGCUAAACGUCUAAAGGGACAAUCUAGCGAAGCAAGUGAUAUUAGUACAAGAGUAGAACAAACUGAACAACAUCUUAUUCAUAGAAAGAUUGGUAAUAAUGUUUUCUAA